AUGGAGCCUCGUUUUGGAUCCCUCAUCCACAAUCUCCGAUUAGCUUUCCUUCUUUUCUCACUUUUAAUCUUUUUCCUGUUGUUUUUCUUAAUUUUUUUUAUUUCUUUUUACUAUCUUUAUUUCUUUGUUCUUUCUUCUCAUGUUUGUUUUUAUCUUCCAUCUUUCCUUCAUUCGUUCGUUCGUUCGUUCCUUCCUUCCUUCUUUCCUUCUUUUGUUCCUUCCUUCCUUCAUUCCUUUUUUUCCUUCUUUUCUUCCUCCCUUCCUUCCUUCCAUCCUUCCUUCCAUCAUUCUUUCCACCUUUCCUUCCUUCCUUCCUUCCUUCCUUCCUUCCUUCCUCACUUCCUUCCUUACUUUCUUUCUUCUUCCCUUCCUUCCUUACUUCCUCCCUUCCUUCCUAACUUCCUUCCUCACUUCCUUCCUUACUUUCUUUCUUCUUCCCUUCCUUCCUUAUUUUCUUCCUUCCUCCUUGACGGGUAUUAUUUAUUUUACGUUUCUUUUUUACUUCGUUCUCGCUUUCUUUCUUUCAUUCUUUCUUUUCUUCCUUUCCUCCCUUCCUUCCUUCCUUUUUCCUUUCUUCCUUCCUUCCUUCCUUCCUUCCUUUCCUUCCUUCCUUCCUUCCUUCCACCCUUCCUUCUUUCCUCCCUCCCUCCCUUCUUUCCUUCCUUCCUCCUUUCCUUCCUUCCUUCCUUGCUUCCUUCCUUCCUCCUUUCCUUCCUUCCUUCCUGCCUUCCUUCCUUCCUUCCUUCCUUCCUUCCUUCAUUCCUUCCUUCUUUCCUUCCUUCCUCACUUCCUUCCUUCUUUCUUUCCUUCCUUCCUUCCUCCCUUCCUUCCUUGCUUCCUUCCUUCAUUCCUUCCUUCUUUCCUUCCUUCCUCCUUUCCUUCUUUGCUUCCUCCCUUCUUUCCUUGCUUCCGUCCUUCAUUCCUUCCUUCUUUCCUUUCUUCCUCACUUCCUUCCUUCCUUCCUUCCUUCCUUCCUUCCUUCCUUCUUUCCUUCCUUCCUUCCUCCCUUCCUUCCUUGCUUCCUUCCUUACUUACUUACUUCCUUCCUUCCUUCCUCCCUUCCUUCCUUCCUUCCUUCCUUCAUUCCUUCCUUCUUUCCUUCCUUACUUCUUUCUUUUCUCCUUGACAGGUAUUAUUUUUUUACGUUUCUUUUUUACUUCGUUCUCUCUUUCUUUCUUUCCUUCUUUUUUUCCUUCCUUCCUUCCUUCCUUCCUUCCUUCCUUUCCUUCCUUCCUUCCACCUUCCUUUCUUCCUUCCUUCCUCUUUGUCUUGCAUUGUUCAUUUCACAUUCUUUCUUUCUUUUUCCUUUUCUUUUUCUUUUUUUCAAUCUUUCUUUCAUUCUUCUCUUCUUUCCUUCUUUCUUUCUUUCCUUCCUUCUUUCUUUCCUUCCUUCCUUUCUCCCUUCCUUACUCCUUGACAGGUAUUACUUUUUUACGUUCCUUUUUUACUUCGUUCUUUCUUUAUUUUCUUUCUUCUUUCUUUCUUUCUUUCUUUCUUUCUUUCUCUCUUUUUUCCUUGACUUACAUUACUUAUUAUACAUUCGACCUUUCUUUUUCUUUCUUUUUCUUUCUUUUUUCGUUCUUUUUUUCCUUCUUUACUUUCUUUAUUUAUUUAAUUAUUUGUUUUUCUUUGUACUUUAUUCGAUGUUUCUUUCUUUCUCCCUUCUUUACUUUUUUCCUUCCUAACUUCCUCCUUGAUUUGCAUUGUUCAUUUUACAUCCUUUCUUUAUCUUUUUCUUUAUUUGUUUUUCUUUCUUCCGAUUUAUUUUUUCUUACUUUCCUUCCUUACAUCCUUCCUCCCUUUCUUCGUCCUUUCCUUCCUUCCUUCCUUACAUCCUUCCUCCCUUCCUUCGUCCCUUCCUUCCUUCCCCCUUUCCUCCCUCCCUUCCUCCCUUCUUUCCUUCCUUCCUGCCUUCCUUCCUUCCUUAGAUUUUCCCUCCUUCCUUGUUUCUUCCAUUCUUCCUCCUUUUUCUUUCCUCCCUCCCUUCCUCCCUUCUUUACUCCCUUCGUUCCUUCCUUCCUUCCUUACAUCCUUCCUUCCUUACAUCCUUCCUCCCUUCCUUCGCCCCUUCCAUUCUUCCUCCCUUCCUUCUUUCCUCGCUCACUCCCUUUUUUCCUUCCUUCAUUCCUUCCUGCCUUCCUGCCUUCCUUCUUUCCUUCCUUACAUCCUUCCUCCCUUCCUUCGUCCCUUCCUUCCUUCCCCCUUUCCUCCCUCCCUUCCUCCCUUCUUUCCUUCCUUCCUGCCUUCCUUCCUUCCUUAGAUUUUCCCUCGCUUCCUUCGUUUCUUCCAUUCUUCCUCCCUUUUUUCUUUCCUCCCUCCCUUCCUCCUUUCUUUCCUCCCUUCCUUCCUUCCUUCCUUACAUCCUUCCUCCCUUCCUUCGCCCCUUCCUUUCUUCCUCCCUUCCUUCUUUCCUCGCUCACUCCCUUUUUUACUUCCUUCAUUCCUUCCUGCCUUCCUCCCUUCCUUCGUCCCUUCCAUCCUUCCUCCCUUCCUUCUUUCCUUCCUCCCUUCCUCCCUUCUUUCCUUCCUUCCUUCCUGCCUUCCUUCUUUCCUUCCUUACAUCCUUCCUCCCUUCUUUCGUCCCUUCCUCCCUUCCUUCUUUCCUCCCUCCUUUUCCUCCCUUCUUUCCUUCCUUCCUGCCUUCCUUCCUUCCUUAGAUUUUCCCUCCUUUCUGUUUUUUUUCAUUCUUCCUUUUUUUUUUCUUUCAUCCCUCCCUUCCUCCUUUCUUUCCUCCUUCUUUCCUUCCUUCCUUACAUCCUUCCUCCCUUCCUUCGCCCCUUCCUUCCUUUCUUCCUCCCUUCCUUCUUUCCUCCCUCACUCCCUUUUUUCCUUCCUUCAUUCCUUCCUGCCUUCCUCCCUUCCUUCCUUCCAUCCUUCCUCCCUUCCUUCGUCCUUUCCAUCCUUCCUCCCUUCCUUCGUCCCUUCCUCCCUCCCCCUUCUUUCCUUCCUUCCUUCCUGCCUUCCUUCUUUCCUUCCUUACAUCCUUCCUCCCUUCCUUCGUCCCUUCCUUCCUUCCUCCCUUCCUUCUUUUCCUCCCUCAUUUCCUUCCUUCCUGCCUUCCUUCCUUCCUUAGAUUUUCCCUCGCUUCCUUCGUUUCUUCCAUUCUUCCUCCCUUUUUUCUUUCCUCCCUCCCUUCCUCCCUUCUUUACUCCCUUCCUUCCUUCCUUCCUUCCUUCCUUCCUUCCUUCCUUGCUUCCUUCCUUCCUUCCUUCCUUCCUUGCAUCAUUAAUUUUAAAUUCCUUCCUUCCUUUAUAUCCUUCACUCUAUUUCGUUCUUUAUUUAUUUCUUCCUUUCUCCUUGACUCAUGUUAUUCAUUUUAUAUACCUUCUUUCUUUCAUUCUUUCUUUCUUUCUUUCUUUCAUUUCUUUCUUUCUUUUUCUUUCUUUCUUUCUUUCUCUUUGA